AUGCCCAAGCGCAAGCUCUCCGAGCUGAACGUUCCAUCGCGACUCGACACCCGCAAAUUGUCGAUUAAGGCCGUCCGGCUAACCACCAAGUUCGAGCAAGGCGUACAAAUCCUAACAAAGGGUCUCAAGACUGCACGGGGUUUCGAAAGACAAAAACUCAGCCGACGCGAGAAGACCGCCAAGGCUGACGGUAAUGCUGCAACGUUGGCGCGACUGGCGGAGGAGGUGGAGGCAUUGAAGGCUAUCGAUUACCCGAUCACAGCAGAGCGAUAUCUUUUCAAACAACUCGUCAAGACGAAGCGGAUUGCGGAAUCACCGACAUUCAAAGAAUUUCAAGAAGCCAAGAAUGUAUCUACCGAGGGACCGAAGAGUGCCGCCGAGUCCAAUGUGCAUGGUCGGCUGUUCAAGUCCACACCUGUGAAAAAUGUGAUGCCCGAUAUCAUGAACGGAAUCCGGAAACUCCUGGGGGUGGAAGAUGCGCCCGCCGGGAAGUCAGACAAAUCUGGUGCCAAGAAAGAUGCGCCUAAGAAAGCGAAACUCGCAGCUCGACAGGACGAUGUAUCCGAGUCAGAAAACGAGGAAGAGCAACCAAAGGAGCCACGGAAAUCAUCAGCAGACAAGGAUCGACAACCAGAUUCCGCAGACCAGCAAGACUUGAGCGUCUCCGGCGAGGAAGACUUUGACAGCGAAGACCUUGCUCAGUUCGAAUCCCGCCUAGCCCCAGGCUCCGGUUCCGAGGAUGAAUCAGGGUCAGACGACGACAUCGAGAAUGUGCACAGGCAAGCCCUGGGCGAUGACAUCUCCGAGUCGAUCUCCCGCUCACCGUCCCCAGACUUAUCUGCCGAGGACUCACCACCACCGAAGAAGGCCAAGGGAGCCAAGGCUUCCAAGGACCCAGUGCAAAGCACAACAUUUCUUCCUUCCCUCACGAUGGGCGGUUACUGGUCUGGCUCCGAGGAGGAGGCUACCGACGACGAAGCAGCCGCCGGUCCACCCAAGCGCAAGAAUCGCAUGGGUCAACAAGCCCGUCGCGCGCUCUGGGAGAAGAAGUAUGGUGCUGGAGCGAAUCAUAUCCAGGAGGAGCAAAGGAAGCAGAGGCGGAGUCGGGAUAGCGGAUGGGAUACUCGCAAGGGAGCGAGUGAUGGUGCUCGUGGACGAGGAGGUCCUCGUGGUGGAAGGGAUGGAUUCGGUGCAGGACGUCCUCAGAAUCGUUAUGAUGAUCGCUCGGGCGCUGGGCAAAGUCAUGGAAACAAGCCUAGGAAUCCUCCAAAGGAUACUGGGCCUCUGCAUCCGUCGUGGGAGGCAAAGCGGAAGCUCAAGGAGCAAGCAUCUACGGCGAAGUUCGAGGGAAAGAAGAUUGUGUUCGAUUAG